UAAAUAGGAGAAAUACAUAUCACUCCGUUUCUUUUCUUUUCUCUCCAAAUCACUCAAUCCAAACAUAGCGUAGGUGUCUGUUGAAUCAUAAUUUCCCAUUGAAAUUGUAGUGUCUAAAAAGCUUGGUCUUAUAACAGUGUAUGUUGAUGCACAUAUUGGAAUCAUAAUUUCCUGUUGAAAUUGUAGUGUGACUAAUGGAACUGUUGUUUGUUUUCUAGCAGGAGUUUGGUGUUUGGAACCAUGUUGAAGCAAGCAUAUCACAAGUUAUGUGCUCAUAGAGGUGAUAAAAUUAGGCUUUGUUUGUAUUCACAAACAAGAGGUAUUCACUGUGGCCAGCCUUCUUUGGGACCAAGAAGCUUUUUUGGGGUAGAGGAUUAUCUCGACGAUGACAAUAGCCGACCAUACACAUACCAGAAGGAGAAGAAGUCGAAGAAUACAGACAAGGUGACGAGCAAGCAAGUUGCGGUUGCUGGUACCAACUCCAAAGACAUCAAAGCCGCACUCAAGUCGCGAUCAGAUAUACCGGCGUGUUUGGCCGUACGACGGAUUUUAGCAGAGAGAGCACAAGAAGCAGAUGUCUACACAGCUUCGUAUACUCCGAGGGAGAGGGAUAAGUUUGAAGGGAAGAUAAGAGCUAUUGUUCAGUCUCUCAUUAACAAUGGUAUUGAUGUUAAAGUUUUUCUUGAUUGA